ACUUGUUAGGAACUGGAACUGAGAUGAAAGAGGGAACGGCAAAGAGUAAGGAGUAUAAGCGAAAGGAAGGAGUUGAUCUCGUCCCUGCAUUGAGAUCCCAAGGAUGGCCAAAGGUGGCAAGGGAAUGGAUCAAAAGAGACCGUAAAUGGCCUUCCCCUGAAAUUGUCGACAAGGUCAUUCAGGAGGGGUACCACAUGGUUGUUAAGCCCCCAAAGAAUGGCGAUUCUGAAUGCUACUUCAGAAUAUCCUUUUCCCAUGCUGAAUUCUUGUUAAGCCAAGAGAUGAACGAAGUCCAACGGGAGUGUUAUCGUUGUCUGAAAAAAAUUCACCGCGCUCAUCUUUCCAAGCGGGCGGGCUUAGUGACAUUUCAUUCGAACGCGGGCUUAGUGACAUUCCAUUUGAAGAACAUCUUUCUGCAAACGAUCGAAGAGACCGGUGCCGAGAUGUGGACUGAAGGCAACAGAGCAGAGUGCAUGAUGAAACUUCUCGACAACCUUUUGGAAGCUCUUACAAAGAAAGAUUUGCCUCAUUUCUUUGUGAGCUCAUACAAUCUGUUUGGAGUGGAUUAUAUUGAAGAUCCCAAGAUUCUUGAAUCCCUAGCCGAGAAAGUUAAGCAGAUCAUGGAAAGUCCAUUGGACUUUUCAAAGAAGUUGAUCCAGCAGUAUCGAGACGAUGCGAAGAAAGUCGAAGAGCAUGAAUGCGAAGAAACUGAGAAGACUGGAUCUGGAGGACAUAAUGAGAACCAAAGCAACGAGGAAACGUCAACAGCCCCUCUACGGCAAACGGGAUUAACACAAGGAAUCAGUGCAAUUCCAAGUUUUGGAUACCAUGAGCUGGAAGAUAUUUGCCUCGAGGUCUGCAAGGAGUUGAUCGAUAAGGCGUUAAACGGCGCUGACUGCGACCUUGAAACCCUGGAUCCUGUGGAAAGAUCCUUGGUCGAAGAUCUUAGAGAGCUGGCAAGCAUUCAUGGCUUAAAGGCUGAAGAAUUCCUUACAGUUAUUAAAACCUGCUGGGGAAGCACGAUGUGCUACCAAGUUUGGAUGAGCACCGAGCCCGACAUGAGGCGUCGUAUGCUUGAUGCCAUUCAAGGUCAUGUCGAAAUGAUCAAGUGGAUGUUGAAGCAGGACGAUUUCGCAGCUGGAAACGAGGAAGCUAUCGCCGACAGAAUGCUUGAUCCUACCGUUGACGAUCCCUUCGACUUGAGCCAUGUAAUUCCGGCUGGCGGUGUAGCACAGCUUUUAGGCAGAAGCAUCGAGAGUCUUGGGCAGAGUCUAAGUCAACCAACUCAGCUGCACGUGAUGAAUAUGGAUGACAUUCCAUUAGACUGACUUGAACCAUCUACUGGAUAUUGCAAUUAUUGCCAGAACCGGGUUUGUGCCACUUCGUCAUUUUUCCAUAACACAGCAAUUCAAUUGGCCAUUUCCUUUGGCUUCUGUGUGAAAACGAGUCUUCAUGUGAAACCAUUCAUAUGAAAAUGAGUUUCGCCUGCAGAUUCAUUUUCAUGCAUAUCAAACUCAUUUUCGUAUGAAACGUUUUCCACGAGGACUCGGUUCGAUACAGAGACUCAAGGUAACUCGGAAAUAGUCUUUUACUCCCCCACAAAAUGGUGGGCGUCAGAAAUCAAACAUGUGUCACAAAUUGUUCAGGAGAAAGACCUUUGUAAGGCUAUUUCUACGAGCGUAAAUUGCUGGUUACUUAGAAUUUCCACAUGAAAAAUGGAGAAAAUGGGAAGCCAGGAUUGCAUGUUGUUAAUUGACUCGAGUAAUAAAUUAGAUGCUUUAGAUUUACAUUUGGGAGCGCUCUAAUUGGAUGAAAACGUAGUUUGGUUUUAUCAAUCGGAAUUCAACAAAAGUCACAAGCCUUCAAAUUGUGACUUAGAUUAGCUUGUAUUUACAAAUUUUCCCGCGUUUGGGAUGUCACAUGUUUUUUUUUUACGUUUUGAUUGGUUCAUAGCGCUUCUUGCUUUGUUUGAUUGGGCAGAUGCGAUUGCUUUGUUACCCUGGGUACCAGAGAUAACCGACACCGGAAACCGCGCAGGAAAAACCUCUGGCACCCAGGGUAUUGCUUCGGUUUUGUUUCUACUGUAGGUAGAAGUUAUGACGGCUUUAUUGUGCGUUUAUAACUGCUGAAUUUGAUGCCAGUCUAGCACGCGUUGAUAUACGAUGACAGUUAUAACCAACACAUCAUUGAGUUAAAGAUCAUUAAAGACUCGAAUUGCGGAGCACAAAAAGGCAGUGGCAGGUUUUGACCAAAACUCUAAAGUUGCAAGCCACGCCCACCAUUUCAACCACAACAUGAACUUUGAAAACGUCAAGGUCGUUGGUUUCGAAGCUAAUUACCACGAGCGACUUUUCCUCGAAGCCUGGCACUCUACUUUGGACCCGAACGCUGGGAACGAUCAUAUUGUACUUCCAGAAGCCUACAAAGGCAUCGCGCGAGCAUGAAUUACAUGGUCACGCGCGCAAGCUUCGCGUCACGUUACUUUAAAUAGCGUAUGACAACGAAUUUGGUUUUCAUAUCACUGAUGAAGGCUUAAGCAUUAGCCGAAACAUCUGUUGAAAAAUAUCAAGAGUCAGUGGCAAACCUUUUUCCAUAGAACUUAUGACAGCACUGAGUUGAUCGCAUUUAUUUGGUAACCAACAAUAGCGAAUUAAAUCAUUGGUUUACUUAAUUCUUCACUAAAUUACUGCAGUAUCCCUUCGUAUCUAAAUAGACAGAACGAUAGAUAUUUCAGAUUGUAUAUCUAUGACAGUAAGAACGGUGGCAGUGUCCACUACGUGAGAUGAAUGAAACACGUCAGGAAAGCGAGCGGGAAGACAACUUUCUCGAAACUUUUUCUCUUACAAUGUUUUUUGCAGUCGAUUGUAUUUUGGACUGUAACGACGAUUUAAGUUAUCGAGAACAUACGAAAUAAUUUCGAAAUAUUACAUGCAUGUUCCUGGCACAAGUGAAAGCAACGGUUUACUUGUCCUCCCGGCCCAGAGAACAACAGAGUAGAAAAAGUUUCUAAUUGCGUGAAAGGAAUGUCAACUUAAAACACCAUUCAAUUUCACUGACGUAGAGGGCAGAGGCUAGUUCUCUAAAACACCGCAGCAGAUCGGGCAAGCCUUAUAAUAAGAUAAAAUAUAUUAAGAUCGCAUUUGACUUGUUAGUAGUGUUGAAUAUUAUUAUGUUAAUGUUAGUAGUGUUAAAUUCAAGAUAUGAAUAAUUGGACAAUUAAUUAGUAAUAGUAGUAGUCGUCGUCGAAGUCGUCCCCGUCGCCGCAGCCGUCCACGGCUCAGAGGAAAACAAUUAGUGUAAUGAAUAGGUGUAAUCCUUUGUUUAAUAAAUGGUGAUGAUGAUAA